AUGUCAAAACCAAAUGUUUUAAUCCUUGGUGGUGUUGGUUUCAUUGGUAGAAAUUUAGUUCAAUAUUUAGUUGAACAAGGUAAUUGUGCCAAGAUUCGUGUUGUUGAUAAAGUUUUACCAGCUACCGCUUUCCUCGGCAAAAAACAUCAAGAAGCUUUCAACAACCCAAUUGUUGAAUAUAUGCAAGGCAACUUAACCUCAGCAACCAGUAUCACCAAAGUUUUCACUUUAGCAGACGGUGCCAAAUUCAACUAUGUUUUCAACUUAGCUGGUGAAACCAAAUAUGGUCAAACUGAUGCUGUUUACAACGAAAAAGUUUAUGAUGUUUCAAUUAAAUGUGCUACUGAAGCUGCCAAAGUUGGUGUUGAUAAAUUCAUCGAAGUCUCAACUGCCCAAGUUUAUGAUUCAAAGAAAAAAGCUUCAAAAGAAGCUGAUAAAACUGAUCCAUGGACUCUUAUUGGCAAAUACAAAUUAAAAGCUGAAGAAGACUUAAAGAAAAUCGCUGGAUUAAAUUUAGUUAUUGUUCGUCCAUCAGUUGUUUAUGGUCCAGGUGAUGUUUUAGGUGUUUCACCAAGAAUUAUUACUGCGUUGCUGCUAAAAUUGUCCUCAAAGAAAUCUGUGAAGAAGCCAAUGACAAACAUCUCAAACCAUGGUCCGAUCUUUGCAAAGAAAAAGGGUAUCAAUAACACUCCAUUAACCCCAUACAUUGAUCAAGAGUUUUUAUAUAACAAUCAUCUUUCUGUCGAUGGUUCAGAAAUCGAAAAAACUGGUUUCAAAUACGAAUAUCCAGAACUUACUGAAGCUUUAAUUAGAGAUCAAAUCAAUUAUUUCAUUGAACAAAACUUAUUCCCAGUCCUUUAAAUUUGUUAAAUUUAAAUUAAUUUAUUAAAUAGUAAUAAUAGAAAUAAAAAAAAUAAAAAAAAAAAAUAAAAAAAUAGAAAAAAAAAUUUAUAUAUAA